UAUUAUUACAUUAAUGAACGCAAUACUUACCUAAAUACAAACUAUUAUAUUACGCGCUAAAAUCCUUGAGAUACACGAGGCGAACCCCGUAGCGCGUUGUUGUGAUCUAACAUGGCGGAGUGUAGUGUUGUGGCUGCUCAGUGUCUAUGUCAAUUUUUGGAGUGAUUUUGCUUAAUAAGAACGAAAGGAUUGCAAUGGUCGGCAAUCACGGUAUUGCAAGAAAUUGAGUCAAAUAGUCGUAUACUUAUGAGUAUUUGUAUUACAAGAGGAUUGAGUUUAAUUUGAGUUUCGUUUGUCGCGGGAACCGUACACAGCGGUGAGAGAGCACGCAGAGUGCCGUCUUCCCAGCAACAAAAUUUGCUCCUGACCUUCCACCACAACAAGUUGGCCUUUUGGAGUGAUCCGGCAUACAAUUAAGAUUUCUUUACUUUGCGUACACACGACACGUGAUAACGGAAACUUGCACGACAUAAAGUUUUCCCGCGCGUCCUGAGAGGUUUUCUUGGCGCAAGAAUCAGGCUUAUGCAACGACGAGCGCAUAAACAUCUAUUACGGUAAACAAUAUCAUUCCGUCAAACGAAUUCAAAGGCAUGUGACGGAUCGUUGCCGCUUGUAUUUUAUCGUAAAAAUUCUAGUGACGGAACUUGAUCUUGUGUAAAUUCAUUAAAGAAGGCAUUAUACAAUUAGUGGAAAAACUGAGAAAAUACAAUAGGCUGGUGAAGUCUAUAAGAUUGACACUAAUUGUUAUUAAACAUAUAUAAAGAUUCCUUAUGGCGUGUUUCUUAAUUAACAGUUAUGUCAUUUACUUGUGCAAACAAUUAGAAAGGAAUAAUCAUAUGCAAGUAUCAGAACUUUAAACGAAACAUACAUUGAAAGUUGUGUUUCUUUUAUAUGAUUAUUACCGAUAUAAAAGUCUUAAUGGGUUUCAAGGAAGUAAUUGACAAAUCAAUAUAUGGGGAUUUUGGUGCAUUUGUCAAUUUAUCAGAGAGUUGAGAAACAUUCAUAAAGAUAUUUAAAAAGCCAAAGAAGUGGUAAAGAUAUAAGGGAUGCAAGGUAGCUGGUGAUAUUAUAGAGCAGUGUGUAUAAGUUAAUUUUUACAAUAUGACGGAUACGCGCAGAAGAGUUAAGUUGUAUGCGCUCAAUGCUGAUAGACAAUGGGAUGAUCGUGGUACAGGCCAUGUUUCUUCUUCGUAUGUAGAUAGAUUAAAAGGAAUUUCACUUUUGGUCAGAGCAGAGAGCGAUGGUUCGGUUUUAUUGGAAAGCAGAAUACAACCUGACACUGCAUAUCAGAAGCAACAGGAUACAUUAAUAGUUUGGUCGGAAGGAGAUAAUUUUGAUUUAGCCUUAAGUUUCCAAGAAAAGGCUGGCUGUGAUGAAAUCUGGGAGAAGAUAUGUCAAGUUCAAGGAAAAGAUCCAUCUGUUGAAAUAACUCAAGAUAUCGUUGAAGAAUCAGAAGAUGAGCGAUUUGAUGAUAUGUCAGAUGCUGCACCACCCAUAGAAUUGCCUCCAUGUGAAUUAAGUCGAUUGGAAGAUAUCAAUGAACUUAUAGGGAAUUGCUUAUCUUCUCAAAUGAGGAAAGAUAAACUAGCAUUGGCUUUAGAAUCAGAAGGUUAUAUCAAGAAACUAUUGAAUCUAUUUCAUACAUGCGAAGAUUUAAAAGACAGUAAAGGAUUACAUCAACUUUACAAUAUAUUUAAAAAUAUUUUCCUACUUAAUAAGAACACAUUAUUUGAAGUUAUGUUUAGCGAUGAUACGAUUUUUGAUGUUGUUGGAUGUUUGGAAUACGAGCCAACGUUACGUGAGCCAAAGAGGCAUAGAGAAUAUCUUCGACAGUUAGCCAGAUUUAAGCAAGCAAUUCCUAUUACAAAUACUGAAUUACUAGCUAAAAUUCACCAAACGUAUCGGGUUCAAUACAUUCAGGAUGUAGUUUUACCGACUCCAAGCGUAUUUGAAGAUAACAUGUUGAAUACAUUGAGUAGCUUUAUAUUUUUUAACAAGGUUGAAAUAGUAACCCUAAUACAGGACGAUGAGAAAUUCCUCACUGAAUUAUUCCGCCAGUUAACAGAUGAAGCAACAUCAGACAGUAAAAGACGCGAUCUAGUUCUUUUCUUGAAGGAGUUUUGUAAUUUUUCUCAGAAUCUUCAACCGCAAGGAAAGGAGGCCUUUUAUAAAACUUUAACAGCACUUGGUAUUUUACCUGCUUUAGAAAUUACUUUGGCAAUGAACGAUGCCCAAACAAAAACAGCUAGUAUAGAUAUAUUAACGUAUAUAGUGGAAUAUUCUCCGAGUGUUGUUCGAGAUUAUACAUUGCAACAAAUAAAUAAUACAGAACAGGACCAAAUGUUGAUAAAUGUAAUAGUUGCUCAACUCGUUGGCGAUAGUGACCCUGAGUUGGGUGGAGCAGUACAACUGGCCGGUGUAUUACGCCUGCUUCUUGAUCCAGAAAACAUGUUGGCUUCCGUUAACAAAUCAGAAAAGACUGAUUUCUUAAACUACUUCUACAAGAAUAGUAUUGGAACACUGAUAGCACCUCUUUUAGCAAACACAAUUGGAGAACGACCAGCAAGGGAAGAUUACAGAACAGUACAGCUUUUAGGAUUGAUUCUAGAGUUAUUGUCGUUUUGUGUAGAGCAUCAUACGUACCACAUUAAAAAUUGCAUAUUGAAUAAAGAUCUGCUCAAACGGAUACUGGUUUUAAUGAAAUCGACACACACGUUUUUAGUAUUGUGUGCUUUAAGGUUUAUGAGAAAAAUUGUAGCAUUGAAAGAUGAGUUUUACAAUAGGUACAUCAUUAAAGGAAAUUUAUUUGCGCCCGUAUUUGAUGCAUUUGUAAGAAACAAUGGUAGAUAUAAUCUAUUGGAUUCUGCUAUUCUUGAGAUGUUUGAAUUUAUUAAACUGGAGGACAUUAAAUCGCUAUGUUCGCAUGUUGUUGAAAAUUUUUCAAAAGAACUAGAAACAAUCGAUUAUGUACAAACAUUUAAAGCUUUGAAAUUAAGGUACGAACAACAUCAAGACAAGCUGAAAGAUCGAGACAGGGCAGCUCUUGACAGUGUUCCAUCCAUACUGAGAAAUAGUCGAUACAGAAGGGACCAGAGACAAUUAGACGAAGAAGAGGAAAUGUGGUUCAAUGAAGAGGAAGACUUUGAUGAGGGUGAGGCGGUCGUACCCGCAGCAGCAGCAGAUCUUGUGCCUCCGGCUUCUGCUAAGAAACAGUCGUCAACUUCAAAUUCUGCACUUAAUCCUGCUCUUGCAGAUUCUAAAAGUCACCAUCAGCAGCAGCAGCAGCAGCAGUCCGUGUUGAACAAUAACACUGCUAACAAUAACAUUACCUCGCAGCAAUCACAAAUCAACAAUAGUACAACAACAACAAACGAAUCUCCAAUUAGUUCGGAAAUAAAUCCAAAUUCGCCUAUCGGGACGGUAGAAAAAACUGGGACUGCAUUAUUUAAAAAGGGGUUAGUCGAUUACGAGGGGGAUUCAGAUGAAGAAGACGAGGAUACGGAGGUGACACCCUCUCCAAAACGGCAAAGAUUGUCAUAGUAGGCAAAUUGGAGAAGAACGAGAAAUUUGUGUUUUUUAAUCGCUUCUACCGUUUCUGGCCCUCCUACGUGCACAAAGAACUCGAUCGGAAAGUCAUAUUAUCAACCCUUUUGUAGCUGAACAGAAGAACCAUUCUCUUUAAGUGAGCGGAUGCACGAGGAUGUGUGUUUAUCAUGUGGUGGAAAUUGACAUACCUCUUUGUGUUGGGUUGUACAUAAUAUACGAGAACAUCGAUACCGAAUGCAGGUGGGUGAAAGGGUCUUAGAAAUGGAAUGUAUGUAAUUAAGGGGAAUAAUAAUGAAUUAUGAACUAAUGCGAUACAAAGGAAGAGAGAACUUUCUUUAAUGAAACAUAUGACGGUAAAAGUUGUGGCAUAACGUUGUAUGACCACGUGUGUAAGUGUUAAAAGUAACAAAGUUUUAACAAGAAAUAGUCCAUUCCACAUUGUCUGGAAACACCCCAAGUACUAGAAGAAAUUAUUUCACGAAUAGGCUAAGAAACUCUAGCCAGGCCUAGUGGUUCUUACGAGUACGAAGUUUCUAAGCACGUGCUUAGAUUCACGUAAUAAUUAAAAAUUUGUGACUGUACGUCAUAUAUUACAUCUGCUAAGAAGAAACUUACUAUGUAAAAAAAAAACAAAAAAAAAAACAGAUAAUUACAUGUAAAAGUACAUGAUGUACCGCACAAAAAACAACUAAGUGUUUUGUUUUGCCAUCCAUCAAUUUUCUUGUUCAUGUGAUGGGCAAUUAAGACCCGUCCAUAAAAAGGGGGUCAGACAUCAUGAAACUUUAUCCAGUUUAACGAAAAAUAGUAUUUAGUUUGUAUAUAUAUGUAUAUUUGUAACGAUUGUAAAACAACCAAUUCAUGGGUGAAGCAGAGAAAUAUGCGAUUCCUUUAAAAAUUCAGUUCCCUUUUAAGGUUCUUUAAACGAGCUUUUCGGUUGUCAAUGUAAGUAGUAGAAAUUGUACAAUAAACAUAUUUCAAUUGUGUAUAUUUACCAGUUUGCACUUCAUGUCCGCAAUUACUCCUUGAUGUAAAAAAAAGUAUAUGUGAAAGUGUCUUGCAAUCUUGAGUAUUAAAUAUAAACUGUUCUAUUCGUAUAAAUUAUUCGUGAUUAUUAUGGGCAAUAUCAGAGCCUGCUAUUAAUUGUACAAUCACGAAGAAAAAGUGACAUAGGGGUAUUUAAUAUAUCUUUCAUUAUGUAUACAAUUGUUAAUUUCGUUUAAAAUUAUGUCCAGUGAAUUAUUCGGCUUUUUCUUUUUUGUAAAAUCACUCGGUUUUAUAAUGAAUAAGCGUAAAGACCAUAAAAUCAUGAGAUGAUGCUUAGCAAGAUUGAUUUUUAAUGCUCCAACGUCAUAUCAUAAGUCAGAAAUUUGUUGAUCUAAAUCAGCUCCAGACAAGAAUGUCUACUUGAUGUUUUAACUACUGAUAUACAACCGAGAAAGCUGGUACCUUCUUUCUUUUUAUUUUUUAUUUUUUUUUUUUUUUUACAUUUACAUUUAAUUCGUUUACUUGGAACAUUUCUUACAUUCAAUGUUACUUUAACACGUAUCCUAACAGGUGACUGAGUCAACUCGAACAGAAGGAAUACAUAUUACAAGCCGAUGUAUACAUUUUUCACGACACCCUCACAUCCGGAACAGAGUUUCUAAGACUGCUUUAGACCUGUAUGUAUAUUGGACAUUUCGAAAAUAUCAUAUACACCGUCUAUGUACACAUAUGCAUAUAUAUUAACUUAUAAUAUCGACAAAUGGAAAUCUUUAGAAGUGAAAUUUAGUCAAGAACACGAGCGAAUAUCUGUGAAUAUCAAAGUAGGCAAAUUCGCUGGAGCUGAGCGAUUAUAUAUGUAUAUAAGAGAAGAUGAAAAAAAAAAACAACAAAGUGUAACUUGAACUGAUUAGAGGAAAAGAGUGAGAGAAACGUGGAGAGAAAGGAAGAGAGAGAGAGGAAAGUAGUGAAAUAGAAUGGAAAUGUAACAAAGGCUAAUUAUUAGUUGUUUAAGAGGAUAUUGAAUAAUGUUGUUCUUUAUGUGUUUUAUAUAAUAUAUUCAUGAUUUAUUCGAUGAAAAGGAAUAAAGCGAUGAAAUUAAAUGAAGCUUGCGUCGGGUAUGUAAGAGACUUGUAAGUAAACGGAAUAAUAAGAAACGAAUCGAUAUCUAAGUGAUACUAGAUUAAAAAGAAAAUAAUGCACCAUUUUAAACGCUAUUUAAGCUAAAUUUCGUAUAAUAUACUUGUAUGAAGAUACGUUCAUUAACGCGCUUAAGCUUUCAUUGCUGUUCCCUUAUUUAAUGUAACGUCAUUGUAUCACCGUUAAUGUCUCUUGGAUCACGUAUAUUUAUCGUAAUUUCUUUAUUCUGUUUGCGUCAUAUCAAGUCGACCGCAAGCUAUAAGGUUUUCGUUUCUCGUACGACCAUACGUUAAGCUACGAUUACAUUGGCGAGUGUUAAUGAUAUAAAUAUAUCUGAAUUGCAAGCGAUAAAUUAUAAUUGAUUGCUUUUUCAUUUUGCUACAAAUUAAUUGCUUCAGCAACGAGAAUUAAAUUGAGAAAACAAUGUAAAUAUGUUUCUCUCGUGAAAGAAACUUAACUGGAGGAGAAGGUAUGUCCUAACCGCUCGUUUGACUAAUUUGUGAUAAGAUCUAGAUAACAUUGAUAAGAAUAAGUGGUAGAAUUUACACGAGAAUAGUGAAGCAAAUUUUCCUACCAAUGCCAACUACUCAAUCAUUUGUUUUACCAAUAUAAUUUAAGCAUAAAAGAUUAAUCCCUUCUGUCAGCAAACGAAUAGGUGGGAAUCACAUCUUCCCUUACACUUCUUCUACACAUUGCAUUAUUCUAAUGCUCGCCACUGUAUUCGCGGUCUCAUUCGAAUUGGAGCGAGCACAGAAAAGAAUAAAACUAAUUUGUUCCUUUUGCUUCUUGUUGGGGUGCACCGUUUGAUCGCUUAUUUCGCACUCUAAUUUAACGGGAAUCGGUUCAAGAUUUCACAGAUUCCAUUCGUUCGAGUAGAACAAAGUCGAUAUUUUAUAUUACAUUAAAUAAACGAAGAGAAAUGUAAGGAUGAUUAUUCUUAGAGCGAUCUGUGGUUCGAAGGUGCGUUCAAUAAUACCGUACGUGUCGAUAACGAAGUCCUGAUCGAUAAUCAUGAAAUAAAUCAUACUUUUUCGGUGUUUUUCUUUUUUCUCUUUUUCUUUUCUUUUUUUUUCGUUUCGGAUGGGGAAACUUUUAAAGAAUCUGUGCAGGGAUCGGUACCGAGGAUAGCAGAGACAGAGAAAUUUUCGCAGCCGUCACACAUUGAUGUAAUAUUAAAAUUACAUGAUAUAAGAAAAAAACAUUUGCACACAUUGUACAAUACCACGUGUUAAUAAUAUAAUGCGUUUUAAUUAUAUAUAUAUAUUAUAUACAUACAUAUAUAUAUAUAUAAUGACAGAUCGAAACGAUUUUUCUCUGGUGUAUAUACGUACAUGUACAUAAAACUGUGCAUAUAUGUUUAUACGCGCAGAAAAAGACACCUUUUUAUAUGAGAAGCUAUUCGUAACAAAAAUGAAGAAAUACAAUUUGAACUAAGAGCAAGCAUAAAAGGUAAAAAAAAAAGUAAAAGAACUUUGUUUUGUGUGUAGUAUGAUAAUAGUUGAAUGAAGAACAUGCGGAAAACGAAUAUUUUGCAUUUUAUUCUAGCGAAGUAUGAACGGUCGAUCAGAUGAGCAGCAAAAUGAAUUUAAAUGUAGGAUUCAUGGUGGAAGACGAGCUAGAAAAAUUUCUUUCUUCUUUCACCUCAAAUUUGUUUAAUCCAUUAAUUCCUAGAUGUCGAAAAUAUAUAUGUUACUUUCAAGAUGGUAUUUCACAUUAGUAAUUAACACAUUUCCUGCCGUUCACUCGAUAUCACAUGCAAUAAUUUCAAAAAAAAAUCAUCCAAUUCCGCUCGUAUUCCGUCACGAAUUCGUAAUUGACCUUUAUAAUCGGACAGCUAAAAAAAAAAAAAA